AUGUAUACAUUUCUGAUAUUACUUGUAGGUGUUCUGAUUUCAAUUAUAUCUUUUUGCGAUGCAGAAAGUACUGACAAAGAAAUUGUUGCAAUUCUGCGUCGACUUGCACCGACAUCGACAACACCACCAUUGAAAGUAGCCUUUGCAGCUGGCCUCUCAAAGACUAUUACCAGUCUAGGAUCACAUCAAGCUAUCGAAUAUGAUGAAGUUAUUACGAAUGAAGGAAACGCAUAUGACGCCCGCCAUGGACACUUCAUCGCGCCAAUGAAAGGGAUGUAUUUAAUAUCAGCUACCAUUACAGCAGCAGCAGGAAACUUCAGUGUAGGUUAA